AGCAUAUAUAAAUAGUGAAUAUUAUUUAUAAAUUUUGUACUCUCACCGUCCCACGCAUAUGCCAGUGCAGACUCCCUAGUAUCCCUUCUGAACUCUUACUCUGUCAUUUUCGCAAGCACUUGGUGCGCUAGAUCUCUCCUCGAAUUCCUGCCACGGGAAGCUUCUCUUCGCCGCCGCUGAAAUGUUGAGCUUUUGAACCGUUUUGAUCGGGUUCGAGCUUGAUUUGAUAGGGUUCGUCGGUGGAGAUGGACGGCGGCGAUGGGACGAUGAGGCUCGGUGCUCUUAACUUGAAGCCGGAUCGGGUUGGCGGCUUCGAGUCGGGUCCCGACGUGUCGGUUUCGUCGCCGGUCACGCGCCAGAAGGCGGUGGCGGCAAAGCAGUUUAUUGAGAAUCACUACAAGAACUACCUUCAAGGUCUGCAGGAUCGCAAAGAGAGACGUCGAGCGCUUCAAAGGAAAGUACAAGAAGAUCAGAUACCGAGUGAGGAACAAGAGGAGAUGAUGAGGAAUUUGGAACGCCGAGAAACAGAAUAUAUGAGGAUGCAAAGACGUAAGAUUGGCAUUGAUGAUUUUGAGCAAUUAACUGUGAUUGGCAAAGGUGCAUUUGGUGAGGUAAGGUUAUGUCGUGCUAAAGGUACAGGAGAGAUUUAUGCCAUGAAGAAACUGAAGAAAUCAGAGAUGCUUAGUCGCGGACAGGUUGAGCAUGUGCGUUCUGAGAGGAACUUGCUUGCGGAGGUUGAUAGUCGGUGCAUUGUAAAACUUCAUUAUUCGUUUCAAGAUUCUGAUUUCUUGUACCUUAUCAUGGAGUACUUACCUGGUGGUGAUAUUAUGACAUUACUGAUGAGAGAAGAUACUCUUUCUGAAGAUGUUGCUCGUUUCUACAUGGCAGAGAGUAUUCUGGCUAUUCACUCAAUCCAUCAACACAACUACAUUCAUAGGGACAUAAAACCAGAUAACCUGAUACUGGAUAAAAAUGGCCAUUUGAAGCUUUCAGAUUUUGGCUUGUGUAAACCUCUGGAUGAUAAGCAUUCGACAUUGUUGCUGGAAAAUGAUGAUUUGACCUCCCAGGAAUCCAUAUCUGAAACUGAAGGACAAUCUGGUUGUGAUAAGGUUCCUUGGCUGAUGCCAAAAGAACAGUUACAACAAUGGAAACGAAAUCGCCGUGCCUUGGCUUAUUCAACCGUUGGAACUCUUGACUAUAUGGCACCUGAGGUGUUGCUCAAAAAAGGAUAUGGAAUAGAGUGUGAUUGGUGGUCCCUAGGGGCAAUCAUGUAUGAGAUGCUUGUAGGCUAUCCUCCCUUCUACUCUGAUGACCCAAGGAUCACAUGCCGCAAGAUAAUCAAUUGGAGGACAUACCUGAAAUUCCCAGACGAACCCAAAAUCUCAGAAGAAGCAAAGGAUCUGAUCUGUCACUUGUUAUGUGAUGUUGAGUCAAGGCUUGGGACUCAUGGAGCAGAAGAAAUUAAGGCCCAUCCAUGGUUCAGAUCUAUUCAGUGGGACAGGCUGUAUGAAGGCGAAGCUGCAUAUAAACCCAGAGUCAUUGGAGACUUGGACACUCAGAAUUUUGAGAAGUUUCCUGAAGUAGAGGGACCGCCAUCUACAAUGCCAACAGUGGGACCUUGGCGGAAGAUGUUAACAUCAAAAGAUACCAAUUUCAUUGGAUACACCUUUAAGAAAUCCGAUGUCCUUAAAUCGCUUGAAAGUUCAGGUACAGAUAUGAGAUCAAAUGGAUCUUCAAAGUCCCCUUCUCUGAUUUCCUUGUUAGGUAGAAUUGACCUGCAAGACACUGUGAUACCGGAGGGCGAUCCAAAGCAGGAAAUCUAAAUUUUGUACUGCACCGCGUGUACUUAUUUUUCUUCAUGCACGUAAUCUGCAACAGAAGGCGUCGUUACUAUUCAAGAUUAGAUUCGGCAACGUGCUUACACGAAGACAUGAAUAACAAGGUCAGCUCAAAGUUGAUAUGAUCUUGGGUGCUAUUUCUUUUAUGACACCACCCCAAAUACGCCUUUGAUGUGUAACUGUUGUAAAAUCCAUCACUCUUAAGCUAAACAUUUAUUCCCGCUCCCCCUAUUUUUCGGAGAUCUGUUGUUUUAACAUAUAGAGAUCCCCCUUUGGUACAAACUAUCAUUGUACAUUAACAGGUUAAUUCAGUUUUGUCUAUCAGAAUGGAUACAUGUUUGAACUUUGUAUCACAUUAGCAAGUUGUACGGAUGCUGUGGCAAAUUGAAUUUGAUACCAACGAUACAUUAUUUUGA